AUGCCCAAUGAAUUCCAAGACAAAGUAAGAAACCUGGUGUUUCAUGGGACUUUGAACGUUGAAGUGCGUUUGCAUAAGGAUCUCGUAGUAAAAGGCACCCCUGAACACGAUGCCAUGUGCCAUAUUUCACUGCCAAGAGAAUCUUACCUUGUAUUCUACUUACCAUUUAUUCUACAGAGGCUAAAAAGUAUCAUAAAAGUUGAAAUUAAAGAUGAUUUCAGUGGAUGGUGGUUUGAAAUGGAGGAUGUCCCCAUAUUUUGGAAUCAUCCUGUUGGCUCUAUAUAUGAUUCAUUAACAGGCUUGAAUCCCGAUGAACGCGUUAAAGAGUAUAGUGAGACAACUUUAACUUUAUGGGAUCUUACUUUAAAUUAUGGUGAGACUCUUCCGUCCGGAGUUUUGCCCAUUGUUGAUGGAUUUGCGCAGCUGGAAGACUUUUGGCGCCAUCAAUGGAAGCAGGCAUGCUUCAUAAUGAAUGGUUCCUCGAAGCAGAUGAUGUCUUUAUCAAUACCAGAUUCGAAGGGUUUCUGGAAUAGUGUUUUGAAAUUGGACAAAAAGGCUUUCUAUAAUAUCGCUUCGCGAAUAAUCCCCAGGAGGACUAAAAUGAGACAUAUUCCUAUUAGAGCUCAUCAUACUUCCACUAAAGAAAUCAAGGUGAUCCAGCCCAAUGUUAGCAUUGAAGAAGAGCCUAAUGCAACAUUGGCAAGCUUCUUAGAAACGGAGUUUUCAGAAAUAUUUACCAAUGGUGCGCUCUCUGUUGUCCCGGUGAUACAGGGUAUUAAGGUACCGUUGGAGGCUUCGCUAGUCGAUCUUUACACGUUAUUCUUCAGCAUUGAUGGAUUCCUACAUAUUUCUAUAUGUAAUAUCUCCAGGUUUUAA